GAGAGUGCUUUUUCUAUUUUUUUUCCACUGACAGGGGCAAAUUACUUGGAUUAGGUAUUGCACGGUGUGCAAUUGCUUUAAUCCUAGCCAUUCAAUUGAUCUAAUGCUCAAAAAUUGGACAGUUCAUUUAGACACGUCAGUGAUCCAUCUGAACAUGCCUCAGAAUCUCUCUCUCGAAUGCCCCAAAAAAAGCCACCAGUGAUGCUUCGGUUACCUCUCCACUGAAGAAUGAAUGGGAACCAACAGUGUUUCAGCUACCCAACCAAAUGUGAUUAGAUCUGGAUGUAGAACUGGCUUUGGACAUAAUGCUAAGUCUGAAGGAGAUGUUUGGUGAGCAAGGCCGUUCUGCAAGGCAAGAAACUACGAGGCAGAUUUAUAAUACCAAUACGGAUGAAGGUACUUCAGUGAAGGAGCAUUGUCUUAGGAUGAUCUCUAAUCUGAAUACAUUGGAAGUUUUAGGUGCCGAUAUUGAUGGAGAAUCCCAAGUGGAUAUGAUACUCCGGUCACUACCAGAAUCAUUCAAGGAAUUCAAACUUAACUAUAAUAUGAACAAAAAGGUUUAUACAUUGUCUGAAUUGAUGAAUGAGUUGGUAGCGGUGGAAGGCAUCCUUGGUACUUCUAGUGUUGAUGCUAAUAUGGCUGAAGCUUCUACUUCUCAACCUAAGUCGAAAGGCAAGGGUAAGAAGAAGAAGAAGAAGAAGAAGAAGAAGAAGAAGAAGGACUUCGCCAAGCAAGAUGGUAAACAAGUUGCCUUAGGAGUUGCCAACAAAGGAAAGAAAACCAAAGGAAAGUGUUUCCAUUAUGGUGAGAAAGGACAUUGGAAGAGAAAUUGUCCAAAAUUCAAGACUGUCAAUAAUAAGGGAGUUUUAGGAGACCAGAAAGCUUAAUGAAGGGCAAUUGUUUCUUACUUUGGCUGGUGGGAGUAGGAUUCCGAUUGUAGUCAUUGGAGUUGUUAAUUUAUGCUUUGAGCCUAGGGUUUUAAUAUUGGAAGACUGUCUAUAUGUACCUAAUGUUCGUAGGAAUUUAAUUUCUACAACUUAUUUAGGUAAACAUGGAUAUUGUGUUAUCCUUAAAGACAAUGUUGUAAUAAAGAAGGGUAAAGAGUUUAUCUAUUUUGGCAAUGUUA